AUGUUUCUUCUCUUUGCUAGUCCAGGCUUGCUGUUGCCGCUUUCACUAUCAUUGGUUCAAGCACAAGUAUCCGUCGUCAACGGUGUCUCUGUCUAUCAAGGGACUACAGUUUCGCAGAAUCAACAUGGAAUACCUACCUUGGCAUACAAUUGCGCCAAGGUGCCAGCAUUAUGCGAAAAUGUUCACCAACAAUACCCUCUAGCAACCACCCUUCAUGCAGCACCUGCCGGAGCUGUCACAGGCCAUCAUACUAUCCUGGGCGCCAGGUCACAUCUGCAGUUGCAUUUUGAUAGGGACGAUAACAGUGGUGGGCGAAGAGGCAAGGCUUGUGCAAAAAACUGGAAAAACCACCACAACUGUCCAGAGUCCAAUCAGCCAGACACUGUCCCUGCUCGAGCUAUGCUGGGAGACGGCUCUUUUCCGGCUGCCAGAUGGAACCCGAAUAAUCUCGUCAUGGGCGACGCAGGUUACAACAGAAUCGCCAAUGCAGCAGGCCAGUUUUCCGGUAUGAUGUGGACUUGCGAUGAGUUUCCCUUCGCCACGUACGAGACCCCCUACCAAAACCCAUACCAUGAGUCUGAAACUGAAACAUUCGCCUCUGCAGUUCUGUUGAAGGAGGUGCCGGAGCGAGAACAUACUGCACCCCACAGAACGCAGCAUGUGGACUUCCAGAGUAAUGCUUUGUCUGCUUUGAGAGAAGCCGUACUACACAAACCUGCGCCGCCAGCCACGAAAGCAACCACCAAGGGCAUCUGGAGAUAUCGUUUCACAACGCAAUUUCAGCCGGACACAGAGCUUGCCGCUGUGUCUGUCGAGUGGUAUGACGACGCUAGUGAAUGGUUUUCCGGAUAUCAAAAACGUUCAAUCGAGGGACGUGAUAUUGAGGAGAGCAUCGUCCGAAUUAUUCAUUCGUUUUACAACAACGGCACGGUGGAAGUGAGACAUGAGCCCGUGUUCAAAGAUGAGUACAAGAUUCUGCGCAGGUCAUGGGAUCGACAUCUUGUGGGCAACGGCUCAGCAGUGGACCUUCAGCAAGGUAACCUGAAGCGGUCGAUGGGACAGAUGCAGAGCCGUGACAACGACAACGGUACCGUGGGACUCAGCGCCGACUGGCUGAAUGCUUCAGGGAACGGCACCAACCCGGCUCGUCAAGCAUACGAGGAUCUGCCUGAGGGUCCACCAUUGCCGAUUCUUGAAAUUGCUCAAGAUUUUGUGGAAGAACAGAAGGAAGACAAGCCGGCUGAAGAGCCGUAUAUCGUGCGCGCUGUCAAGGCGAGUGACGGGAACGAAAGCUCUACUGUAGAAAUCGAAGACAGCAAGGCACUGACUCCGAGGGCUGCAGACACGUCUGGAUGGAUGCACCGUCGCCAAUCGAAGCGGCAGUGCGACUUUGUGACGCCCUGUCCUGAUGGCAGCUGCUGCAACAGGAAGGGACAAUGCGGCUACGGAGAAGAAGUCUGCGGCUCCAAGGUCUGCGUUUCCAACUGCGAUGCCACGGCCGCUUGCGGUAAAGACAGUCUCGGCGGCAAGGUCAAGUGUCCACUCAACGUAUGCUGCAGUGCUUAUGGCUACUGUGGCGUUGAGGACGGCUUCUGUCGAGCUGGCAACGCAGACAAUUCUUGCCAGAAGGGCUUUGGGAGUUGCACCAAGAUCGAGCCGCCAUCUUGUAGCGGACGCUCAGCCUUCGCGAGGAGCAUUGGCUACUACCAGUUUGCCAAUGUGCGCGAACGGCAGUGCAACCGCAUCACGCCCAAGCAAAUCCGCACUGAAGGGUUCAUCCACUUGUACGGCGCGUUUGCUACUAUCGAUCCAGACACGUUUGCUGUCAAGCCGUGGCACGAAGACGACGUGAAGCUCUACAAGGAGUUUACGGGUCUAAGGAAGAAGGGACUCGAGACUUGGAUAGCCAUCGGGGGCUGGACUUUCAACGACCCUGGACCAACGAGGACUACCUUUAGCGACUUGUCUGCCAGCCCUGCGCGUAGGGCACGGUUUAUCAAGUCCUUAACCAGUUUCUUCGAUGAACAUGGCUUUCAGGGCGUGGAUCUUGACUGGGAGUACCCGGGAGCCCCUGAUCGAGGUGGCCACAAGGAGGAUACAGACAACUACGUGUCACUCCUCAAGGACAUGCGCGCUGCAUUCGGGUCCAAGUAUGGAAUCAGUAUCGCUAUCCCCACGAGCUACUGGUACUUACGAUGGUUCAAGUCGAAGGAGAUAGAGCAAUACGUUGACUACAUGGGAAUCAUGGCAUAUGAUCUUCAUGGGCCGUGGGAUGAGGAUGUCAAGCAGGUUGGACGCGUCAUCCUGGGCCACACAAACAUCCCCGAGAUUGCAACUGGUCUUGCUUACUAUGCUCGUGGCUAUACCGUCGCUGAUUCGAACUGCAAUGGUGUCGGGUGCAAAUGGUCGGGCACCAGUCGACCGGCUCCCUGCACCAACUUUGGCGGUGUCAUGUCCCUCGAGGAGAUUGAGAGGAUGGUCAAGGAUGAGCCUGGCUUUAGUCCAAAGCUUCUCCCCAAAGACAUGAUGAUGGAGCUCAAGUUUGGCAACCAGUGGAUCGGAUACGAUAACGAAGACACCAUUUAUAUGAAGAAGAAGUGGGGAAGUAGCCGCUGUUUCGGCGGUACAAUGGUGUGGAGCGUCGAUAUGUUUUCAGGUUCUGGAAGCGGAGAUACGCCGGACGAUCAAAGCGACCGAGGCUCAGAGGAUCCCGGUGGUGGUCAAGGCGAUGGCUCGGGUGUUAUCUACAUCGACCCGGAGAUCUGGGAAGAGGAUCAGCCCGAGGUGAAGUGCCAUCCGCCAUGCACUAUGGUCUUACCGCCGUCGUCCCUUAAGAAGCCCGUGACACUGACACUCCCGCCCUACGAGACCUCGCUGGAUGUAGCUUGGAGCGGCAAGGAUGGUUGGCACGGUACUGUUCAGAAAACGACACUGACGCCUCCUGUUGUCACUGUCACCACCGUCGACGUCUGGCACAUAACGAUCCGGGAGGAUCGGACUAAGCUUACCACCAUCUGGUCAACAUUCGAUGUCACUCCAAGCAUCAAGGUUCCAACCUUUAUUAUCACGAACAGACUUCCUGAGACUACCAAGGACAGUGUGACCCAGCCUCCGGGCACCAGGACCAUCACUCCCCCACCAUACCCUUGGACUUACACACCACCAACGACUAGACCGUCAAAUACACCCGGCGACGACGAUGAUGAUGAUGACGAUGUUAUACCGCCAUUCCCAGUUGUGACCUGGCGUCCAGGAAAGCCUGGUCUUAUAUGCAAGAAGAACUGCGGCAAGCCGUGUCGGGUCUUCUGCUCUCAUCCCUGUCUUCUCAACUGCCCAGACGGUGGUGGAGACUUCGGAGACCCUCGCAAUCCAAAACCCCCGAAACGGCCAGUACCACCAAACCCGACCAUCCCGAAGCCUACAGGGAAGCCGGUCAAGCCUACCAAGAUACCGACGCUAGGUACCACCCCCGAAAACAAGGAGCAUGAAGACGACGAGCGACAGUGUGCGAUUGAGUUCGGUCUCCCGCUUCCAACCUGGCGAGACCCAGCCACCACCACGAGCGUCAAGCCCAAACCCACGCCGCCCAAGCCCUCCCCGAAACCAGACCCGAAGCCGCCUUCUCCGAACCCCAAGACGGAGGAGGUGAAAUGCUACGGCAUCGGCGGUGCUUGGAUCCACCGAGCUCCAGCCAUCGAAGCGCUCGAGUAUUUCUGCGAUAGAGAUGAAGGUCAGGUGUUAGAUGCGACCAAACCCGAGACCGAGCGUACCCUAGAGUGUCAACACGGGGUGGUCUGCACAGGAGAUGGUUUCGGGUGUGUUGUCGAUGAGCAGCAAUUGUGCGGAUUGGAAGUUUGA